UGCUCUCAUCAAACUGUUACCAGAAGAAGAGAAGAUGAAAUAGAUAUUCUUCUCCCCUUUGCCUUCUGCUUCAUAGCUAGCUUCAUCAUCAGCUUCCAAAAGUUUCAGUCUUUCCUUCAUUUCUCAAAAACCCAUCUCCAAAAAAUCUCAUCUUGAUUCUUCAAUCAGAACAUGUUAACCAAUUGCUGAUUAACCUUUUCCCUCCCCGUUGAUUUUCAUCCUUGUGAAACCGCCAUGGCCGCGGCUCUGAGGUCAAACACCUCGAGAGAAACCGCUUCUCUCACACUCUCUCACUUUCGUUACUUCUUCUUCAACCGCCUCCACACCACCUCGACUCCUCACAGCAGCCACCGUAACAAGAUCGCUUCUCUCAAGCCUAAGGGAGGAGACCGGCGGUGUUACGCUACGGAGAAGGCGAGAGGUGUGAAGUCAGCUCUUUUGUGCUCGCAAGGAGACCCGCCGGAUCUCUGGCAGCCUCCCGGAGAUGGAGUUUCCCUCCGGGCUAAUCCCAGUCACGGCGGUGGUGGUGGUGGAAGCAGUGCUGGUGUUGGUAACGGAGCAGGGUCGGAUUCGAAGGAGGAUUGUUGGGCUGGAUCUAAUCUCGGGUCUAGCUUUCCGACACCGAAGGAGAUUUGUAAUGGUUUGGACAAGUUCGUGAUUGGUCAGGAGAGAGCCAAAAAGGUGCUUUCAGUGGCAGUGUACAAUCACUACAAGAGGAUAUAUUACGAAUCAUUACAGAAACGGUCCUCAGGAGAAAACGAUAGCACCGCAGCGAAACCAGCUGAUGAUGAUGAUCUGGUAGAACUGGAGAAGAGUAACAUUCUCCUGAUGGGACCAACUGGCUCAGGGAAGACACUACUUGCGAAAACCUUGGCACGGUUUGUGAAUGUUCCUUUUGUCAUUGCUGAUGCAACCACAUUGACUCAGGCUGGUUAUGUGGGAGAGGACGUAGAAUCUAUAUUAUACAAACUUCUCACAGUUGCAGAUUAUAAUGUUGCAGCUGCACAGCAGGGGAUUGUUUACAUUGAUGAAGUCGACAAGAUAACAAAGAAGGCAGAAAGCCUUAACAUCAGCAGAGAUGUAUCAGGAGAAGGUGUUCAACAAGCUUUGCUAAAGAUGCUUGAAGGAACUAUCGUUAAUGUACCUGAGAAGGGCGCUAGAAAGCACCCUAGAGGCGACAAUAUCCAGAUAGAUACAAAAGAUAUACUCUUCAUAUGUGGUGGUGCUUUUGUAGACAUCGAGAAGACCAUCUCAGAGAGGCGUCAUGAUUCUUCAAUAGGGUUUGGUGCUCCGGUACGUGCAAACAUGAGGGCGGGAGGUGUUACAAACGCUGCUGUUGCAUCAAACCUGAUGGAAACUGUGGAAAGCAGUGACCUGAUUGCUUAUGGUUUAAUACCUGAGUUUGUUGGAAGGUUUCCAGUUCUCGUCAGCUUGUCUGCUCUAACAGAGAACCAACUUAUGCAGGUGCUAACGGAGCCCAAGAACGCACUUGGAAAGCAAUACAAAAAGAUGUAUCAGAUGAACAGUGUAAAGCUGCAUUUCACGGAAACAGCCCUGCGGCUAAUAGCUAGAAAAGCAAUAACGAAAAACACAGGAGCUCGUGGCUUAAGAGCUCUUUUAGAAAGCAUCCUCAUGGAUUCUAUGUACGAGAUACCGGACGAGGAUAUGAUAGAGGCGGUUGUGGUGGAUGAAGAAGCAGUUGAAGGAGAAGGGCGUAGAGGCUCUGGAGCCAAGAUUCUCCGUGGGAAAGGAGCUUUGGCUCUGUAUCUCUCUGAAACCACCAAGUCCAAGGAUUCUCCUCAGACGACCAAGGAAGGAUCUGGAGGAGAAACUGAGGUGGAGCCGGUUGUAGCCAAUAUGUAAUGUAUCAAUAUACAUCAUCAUCUAUCCAGAACAUCUGGUUAAAUGUAUCUCUCUGUAUGCAUAACUUUUAACGUUCUUUGUACAUAUAUGAAAGAAAGAAAACAAACUUGGAUUA